UGUUUGUAAAACAACACAGUACACGCCGGUUUAUUUAUAAUUUUAAACUUAUUUAAUAAUAUAAUAAAUUCAUAGUGUAUCAAAGGUCGCUGUGAAAUUUUAAAAACUUUAAUCCUUAAAAAUGGAAGGCUUUGAUGACCCCGGUGUAUUCUUUUCUGACAAUUUUGGUGUGGAAGAAAACGAAUCUCAGGAUCAGAUUAACCUACAAGCUGUAAAGAAAAAGUUCAAAGAAUUUAUUCGACAAUUUCAUACUGGAAACUUUAAUUUUAAAUACAGAGAUGCCUUAAAACGUAAUUAUAAUCUCCACCAAUAUUGGGUGGAAAUAAAUAUUGAAGACUUAUCUAGUUUUGAUGAAGUUUUAGCUGAAAAGCUGUACAAGAAACCUACUGAACAUUUACCUAUUUUGGAAGAAGCCGCAAAAGAAUUGGCAGAUGAAUUAACAGCGCCAAGACCUGAAGGGGAAGAAAAGGUUGAAGAUAUUCAAGUUCUACUAAUAUCAGAUGCCCAUGCAGCUAAUUUGAGGGAGUUAAAGUCUGAAACUGUUUCAAGAUUAGUUAAAAUACCAGGAAUAAUUAUAUCAGCAUCCGGAAUAAAAGCAAAAGCUACAAAAAUAUCAAUACAAUGCAGAUCAUGUCGAAACAUAAUACCAAAUCUUCCGGUGAAACCAGGACUUGAAGGAUAUGUUAUGCCUCGCAAAUGUAACACAGAGCAGGCUGGCCGUCCUAAAUGCCCACUAGAUCCGUACUUCAUUAUUCCAGAUAAGUGCAAGUGUAUUGACUAUCAGGUCUUAAAACUUCAAGAGGCUCCCGAAAAUAUCCCUCAAGGAGAAAUGCCACGUCAUUUGACAGUGUAUUGUGAAAGAAUGCUCUGUGAGAGAGUUGCUCCAGGUGCUAGAGUCACUGUGCUUGGUAUUUACUCUAUAAAAAAGAUUGCCAGGAUUGGUAAAGAAAGUCGUGAGAGAGGCUCAGUGGGUGUCCGCUCUUCAUAUCUACGGGCAGUUGGACUCACAGCUGAGGAAGGUGUUACUGGUGGACUCAAGCCGUUCACUGCUGACGAAGAGGAACAGUUCAGAAGGCUAGCGGCCUCCCCUGAUAUAUAUGACAGAAUUGCAAAAUCUAUAGCACCCAGUGUAUUUGGUGUUGCAGAUAUGAAGAAGGCAAUUGCAUGUCUUUUAUUUGGAGGAUCUCGUAAAAGACUGCCGGACGGUCUCACACGUCGUGGUGAUAUCAACAUCCUAUUGCUGGGAGACCCUGGCACUGCCAAGUCUCAACUCCUAAAAUUUGUGGAGAAGGUAGCUCCCAUUGGAGUUUACACGUCGGGGAAAGGAUCCAGUGCGGCUGGUCUUACUGCUUCAGUCAUUAGAGAUCCUGGCAGUCGUAAUUUCGUAAUGGAAGGCGGAGCGAUGGUUCUCGCGGACGGGGGCGUGGUUUGUAUCGACGAGUUCGACAAGAUGAGGGAGGACGACCGCGUGGCCAUACACGAGGCUAUGGAGCAACAGACCAUUUCUAUUGCUAAGGCUGGUAUAACAACAACACUAAACUCCCGGUGCUCGGUGCUCGCGGCUGCUAACUCCGUGUUCGGUCGCUGGGACGACACCAAGGCAGACGACAACAUAGACUUCAUGCCCACGAUACUGUCCAGAUUUGAUAUGAUAUUCAUUGUUAAGGACGAACAUGACCAGAACAGAGAUAUUACUCUAGCCAAGCACAUCAUGUCAGUCCACAUGGGAGGCAACAGCGCUGAGAGGGAGACAGUUGAGGGUGAAUUACCUCUGAAUGUCCUGCGGCGGUACUCCGCGUACUGCCGGCUGAGGUGCGGGCCAAGACUGUCUGAGGCUGCGGCGGAGAGACUCGGAGCCAGAUACGUGCUCAUGAGGUCCGGAGCCUCGCAGCACGAGCGACAGGCCGACAAGCGACUCUCUAUACCCAUCACUGUGAGACAACUAGAAGCCAUCGUGAGGAUAUCGGAGUCUCUCGCCAAGAUGCAGCUGCUGCCGUUCGCGACGGAGGCUCACGUCACUGAAGCGCUGCGUCUGUUCCAGGUGUCCACGCUGGACGCCGCGAUGACGGGAUCCUUAUCUGGUGCAGAAGGAUUCACAAGCGAGGAAGACCAAGAAAUGCUGUCCCGGGUUGAGAAGCAGUUAAAGCGCAGGUUCGCAGUGGGGUCCCAGGUGUCAGAACAGACGAUAAUCCAGGACUUUCUGAGGCAGAAAUAUCCGGAGCGCGCCAUACAUAAAGUGAUUCACACCAUGAUACGACGGGGAGAGUUGCAGCAUCGCUUGCAGAGGAAAAUGCUUUACCGCCUUUCUUAGUACAUACUACAAUAGUGCCUUACGGAAUAUGUUGAAUCAUGCUAAUUAAUAAAAAUAACUAAUUUUUA